AGAGACUGAAGUACAUGUAGGAAGUUGCUGCUGAGCCUGAUUCGUAAAUACGGAUAUGUAUAAAUACUCCACACUGAGGGCACAUUUCUGGAAAACUGUCACCACACAAUAUUUUGUCUUUCUCAUGCUUGGUCUGAUAUAUUGGAGAUAUCUGCUCAAGAAUAAUGCUCCUGUCGAAAUCCAACAAAUAUAUAGCCAAUUCGAAGAUACCUCGUUUGAAGAAAGCACAGAUGAGAACAACAGCAGUUCUGCUAAUGAAUCUUACUGUAAAUGGGACAUAUUUCCGAGGCUCAGAAAGGUUUUCAACACCAGGAGGCAGCACUUGAAAGACGCAUGCGCAAAGCUCAAUUCUGAACGCCAAAAUAAAACAUACGGGUUUCUAUUUGUUGACGAUGCACAUAAACUACUUAUUUGCCCAGUUGCAAAAAUUGGCUGCUCUUUCUGGAAAGCUGUUCUUUUGAUAUUAUCACAUAGAACAGGAGAGAAAAAUCCACUGGACGUGCUAACGGGAGUGCACUCCAAAGAGUAUCCUCAGUUGAGGUUAGAUCCACCCGAUGUUCAGAAAAGAAAAAUGGAUACGUAUACCAAAGUUAUAUUCACCAGAGAUCCACUCUCCAGAUUGUAUUCUGCGUAUCAAGAUAAAUUUGUCAACUUUAAUACACUGUUUUGGAAUAUGUACGGAAAAUUGGCAGUCCGAUUAUUUAGGGAAAAUGCAACAAGGAAAUCGUUAAGCAAUGGUCAUGAUGUCACGUUUGAGGAAUUUCUUCGACUUGUUGUACUCAACUCUGAAAUGGACAAGAUUAAUUCCCAUUGGGUCAGCGUCGAGCAAAGCUGCCAUCCCUGUGACGUCGACUAUGACGUCAUAGGUCACAUGGAAACAUUUGACAAGGACGCAAAAUAUGUACUAUGUACUUCAGGAAUGCAAAACAUUAUCCAGCUUCCGAGUGAAGAUAAGACAGCCAAUAUUCUUAAAAACGUACGCAGAGACACAUUUAGAGCACUGUCUUUAAAAUCUACGUUACUAAAAGUAUUCGGAACUGAGAAAGAAUUCCUCGACAGACUAGUUAGUAAUUUUAUGCAACAUGGGUACAUCAAUUCUCCAGUUACUAUACCAUUGAACUCCACAAGCAAAGACACAUUUGCGCUACUCGAGAAACAUGUAAAAUUAGAGGCAAAGCAUCCCUAUAAAUUGCUAGCUAGCAAACACGAUCCAUCGAAGGAUAUACCGAGAGAUUUAUUGGAUAAAGUGAUGGAUCUUUACAAAUUUGACUAUGAAUUAUUUGGAUAUAAAAGACAAUAAACAAAAAUAAAUGUUAUGACAUUAUGCUUAUAUAAAGAGAUAUAGCCUAAUAAAUACAUGCCAAAUA